GUGUGGUCCCGUCCCGUGACUAAUUUCAUUUGAACUUGCAGCACGAACGUCUUGAUGUUUCCUGUUUCGAGCUACCACUUCACUGAAGCUCCGAGUGGAUGGUAGAAAGUACAGGCUUUACCUUUGAGUACGUUUCCCCCUAAAUAGUUGAGUCAAACUCACCGGAUCUUGUCCUCGUUUUUUACUGACACAUUCCUUUGCCUUCAGCGCGACACGUCAUUGGAGUUAGUCGGAGCAGUGAACCAGGAGGGGGAUGGUCCAGUCGUCCACGUGAGCUCUGUCAAGGACCGGACGCUGUGGAGGAGUGCUGAGGGGCUUGACCUCUGACCUAAGCUGUGACCUGUUAACCCUUAAACCUCUGAGCUCUGACCGCUCCAGCUCAGGAUGGAGGAGCAGUCCAGCUGCCCCAAUGUCAGCAUUCCCUGCUACAACGAGCAGAGGGACAAGAAGAAGCGCUACACUGUUUACAAAGUGAUGGUCAAUGUAGGAAGACAUGAGUGGUUUGUCUUCAGGCGAUACGCAGAAUUUGACAAGCUCUACAACACAUUGAGGAAACAGUUUCCAUCUUUGAACUUGAAAAUCCCAGCCAAGAGAAUAUUUGGGGACAACUUUGACCCAGAGUUUAUCAAGCAAAGAAGAACAGGUUUACAUGAGUUCAUUCAGAGACUGGUCUCACAUCCUCAGCUCAGCAACCAGCCUGAUGUCAGAGCAUUCCUGCAGAUGGACAAAUCUCAAAACUUCUCAGACGCAUCAGAAGACGAAGAUGACAAGAACAGCUCUACCUCCAGAAAUAUUAACCUGGGAUCGUCUGGAAAUCCACAUGCAAAGCCCACAGACUUUGACUUUCUUAAAGUCAUCGGAAAGGGGAGCUUUGGAAAGGUUCUCCUUGCAAAACGGAAACUGGACGGGAAGUAUUAUGCAAUCAAGGUCCUGCAGAAAAGGGUAAUCCUCAACAGGAGAGAGCAAAAACACAUCAUGGCGGAGCGCAAUGUGCUACUGAAGAACAUGAAACACCCCUUCCUGGUCGGCUUGCAUUAUUCUUUCCAGACGACAGACAAGUUGUACUUCGUCUUGGAUUUUGUCAACGGGGGAGAACUCUUCUUCCAUCUUCAAAAAGAACAGACCUUUCCGGAACCCAGAGCCAAGUUCUACAUCGCAGAAAUGGCAAGCGCAAUGGGCUAUCUGCAUUCUCUUAACAUAGUUUACAGGGAUUUGAAGCCAGAAAAUAUCCUUCUCGACUCUGAAGGACAUAUAGUUUUGACUGACUUCGGAUUGUGCAAGGAAGGAAUUUCCCAAGCCGAGACGACAAGCACAUUUUGUGGGACACCCGAGUACCUAGCUCCAGAGGUCCUGAGGAAACAACCGUAUGACAACACAGUGGACUGGUGGUGUCUGGGAUCAGUGCUCUAUGAAAUGCUCUUUGGCCUGCCUCCGUUCUAUAGCAGAGACACCCAUGAGAUGUAUGACAACAUCCUUCACAAGCCCCUGAUGAUGCGUCCCGGAGCGUCCAACAUGGCCUGGUCUCUCCUGCAGGCUCUACUGGAGAAGGACGGCACACACAGACUAGGCUCCAGAGAUGACUUUAAUGAGAUCAAAGCUCACUACUUCUUCUCAGAGAUCAAUUGGGAUGACCUGGAACAGAGGAAGGUUCCACCUCCAUUCACUCCCAAUGUGAAUUCUCCUUAUGACAUCACAAAUUUUGAUCCAGAAUUCACAGACGAGACUGUUACGAACUCUGUGUGCUAUACUGAAGAUUCCAUAGUCAACGCCAGCGUGAUGGAGGCUGACGAUGCCUUCCUAGGUUUCUCGUAUGCACCACCCUCAGACGACUCCUUUCUAUGAAAGACUCGCUGUGAGGACCUGCCCCAGAGUUCUGUGAAAUUGCCUUAACUCAGUGUUCUUCUAUCAUGGUCCUGUUGAUCCACAGGGUAUGCAGGCUUUUGUUCCAGCCCAGUAGAGCUUAUCGAUUAGUUUAAUCAUGUGUGUUAGUGCUGGGCUGGAACGAAAGCCUGCACACCCUGCUGGUCUCCAGGAUCAGGACUGAAGAACACUGCCUUAACCUGUACUGAUUCUUUUGAAUAAAAGGGAAUUCAUAUUGUGGAUAAACCCGUUUUGAGAAAAGCUAAAGCGAGCAGAAGUUGUGAUCAGACAGCACUUACGGAUAUGGUUUGGGCUGCAGAGUGUGUGUCAAGAAAUCUUUAUUUUUACCUAAUUAUAUUUAUAUAACAGAUUAUAUUUUAAAGAAAUGUCGGACAUCUUUCUUGACACGUAUUGUUUGUUGAUCCACAUAAAGUGGAGUCAAUGUUGGUCCUUUGUUUGAAGAAAAGAUAAACAUUCACAGUGUCUUCUUGUCAGGGUGGGAUGGUUAAAACUAAUCCCCAAAAUAAAAUCCAAGUUUAGAGACCCAUACACAAAAAUGUAUGCAUGCAUGACUGUAAGUCGCUUUGGAUAAAAGCAUCUGCUAAGUGGCAUAUUAUUAUUAUUAUUAUUAGAGCUAGAGUCCUUAAUUAAAACAACACCAAAGCAUUCUGCCCUCCACUUUUCGCUACAACGCUAAGGGAUGCUGCUGGAAAAAUGUAACCGCUCUCAAAUUCAUAGACAGCUAUGGAUACAAGGACUGACCAUCCAUGAUAU